UAAAAACGAUCGAGAAAUUGAAAAUUUUAGAAAAAAAAUAAGUAAAAAAAGAAAUGUUUAAUGUAUUUAAUGCGGCACUUCGUGCGUGCCCUACUUGGCUCGAAAAUCAACUCGUUUCUGUGUACUUCAGGGUGAUUUGGGCCAAGUAUAUAUAUGCUGCAUGUAAUGUGCAAUAAAUUUGGAGAAUAUUAUACUUAUGCAUGCACGAAGUAUUACUACAAAUGGUUUUCAUAGUACUACAUUGUUAAUAGAGCAACCAGAUAUGAAGGUCCAAAUAUUACCUGCACUACAAGAUAACUAUAUGUACCUUAUUAUUGAUGAGAAAUCCAAAGAUGCUGCCAUAGUAGAUCCUGUUGAUCCAGAUCUAGUUGCUUCCGCAGUUAAAGACAAUAAUGUCAAUCUUACAAAGAUUUUAACAACUCACCAUCAUUGGGAUCACGCUGGAGGCAAUGAGAAAAUGGUUAAAAAAUUUGAAAAUUUACAAGUAUAUGGUGGAGAUGAUAGAGUAGGAGCUCUUAAUUGCAAAGUACAACAUAAUGAUACCUUUAAUAUUGGAAAUUUAAAUGUUCAAUGUCUUGCAACACCAUGUCACACAACUGGACAUAUUUGUUAUUACAUAACAGGAGAAGGAGAUACUCCAGCAGUGUUCACUGGUGAUACAUUAUUUGUGGGUGGUUGUGGUAGAUUUUUUGAAGGAACAGCUGACCAGAUGUAUAAGGCACUUAUUGACAUUCUGGGUAAAUUACCCAAUGAGACGAAGGUAUAUUGUGGACAUGAAUAUACUGGUACUAAUUUGAAAUUUGGUAUUCUUGUUGAACCAAACAAUGAAGCUAUUCGUCAAAAGAUGGAAUGGGCUCAUUCACAACGUGAAAAGAAUUGCCCUACUAUUCCUAGCACAAUAGAAAAUGAGAAAUUAACCAAUCCAUUUAUGCGUGUUCAUGAACAAUCUGUCAUGGAACAUGCUAAAGAAAAUGAUCCUAUAAAAACAAUGGCAUAUCUGCGAAGGAAGAAGGACAAUUUUAAGGCAUAAUAUACUUCCUAAAAUAUUGUUUUCUUGUUGCUUUCAAUAAUUUCACAUAGAUUUAUAUAUAUGGAUUACUAUUUACUAAAAGAAAUGACCCUAUAAAAACAAUGGCAUAUCUAUGAAGGAAAAAGGACAAUUUUAAGGCAUAAUAUAUUUCCUAAAAUAUUGUUUUCUUAUUGCUUCCAAUAAUUUUACAUAGAUUUAUAUAUAUGGAUACUAUUUAGUAAAAGAAAAAAGGGGUCGAACAGGGUUUGUGUUUUUAUAUAUAAUAUUAUAUUUGAAUAUUCUAUACAAUUACAUAUAGUCAUAGAUACAAACGCACAAUUACAGAUAACAUAUAUACAAUGGAAAUUUAUUAAAGUAAAUACUACGUUGUAUUUAAAGA